AUGUACGCCCUCUACAUCGGCAACAAGCGCUACUCGUCGUGGUCGAUGCGCCCCUGGGUCCUCCUCAAGGCGCUCGACAUCCCCUUCGACGAGAAGCUGCACUUCUUCAAGCCCGGCCAGGCGCAGCCCGAGUUCAAGGCCUUCUCGCCCUCGGCCAAGGUCCCCUGCCUGCACGACAACGACUCGGGCAACGUCGUCGUCUGGGACUCGCUCGCCAUCGCCGAGUACCUCGCCGAGCAGCACCCGGCCGUGUGGCCGUCCGACCGCGCGGCCCGCGCCUUUGCGCGCUGCGCCGCCGCCGAGAUGCACUCCUCCUUCGCCGCCAUCCGCGACGAGUGCAGCAUGAACGUCGCGCUGCGCAUCGAGCUGCCCCGCCCGCUGAGCGAGGGCCUGCGCCGCGACAUUGCCCGCCUGGGGGCGCUGUUCGCCGAGGGCGUGGAGCGCUUCGGCGGGCCGUUCCUCGCGGGCAGCAGCUUCACGGCCGCGGACGCCUUCUUCGCGCCCGUGGCGUCGCGCUGCGAGACGUACGGCAUUCGCUUCGAGGAUAACCCCAAGGCGCAGGGCUAUGUCGAUGCGCUGCUCGCGCACCCGGCGGUGCAGGCGUGGAUCCAGCAGGGCAUCCGCGAGACGGAGAGGGAGCCGUAUCACGAGGAGGACUGCGUGCGCGGGCGCAAGGUGCUCGAGGAUCUGGCCAAAUGA